AUACCUUACCCCUUGGCUUUGUCGCCGGAUCCGCUUCUCUCCGCCAUCUUCCCCGCAUCUCAGGCACGCCCUUAUACAGCCUCUGCGCCGCCGCCGCCUCGCCAACACUUUCCCGUCCUUGUCGCAACAUAGCACCGAGAUUGCCUCAAGAUUGUCCAAGAUGCCAGUCUUUGAUCUGAAGAAGAACCUCGUCUUCUAUGGCGCAUAUCACCGCGAGCCAACAAACGUCGCCAUCCACAUAGCAUGCGUGCCUGUCCUGCUUGCGACAGGCAUUCUCUUCGGCACAAACACACCCACCCUCCCCAUCCGCCAACACCCCCUCCUAACCCGCCUCAACCUCCCCUUGAACCUAGGCACCAUCGCUGCAGCUACCUACUCAGCUCUCUACCUCCUUCUCUCUCCCAACCUCGCUGGCGUGACCGUCACCCCCAUAAUCCUCGCCUUCGCAUCCCUCUCCAACCGCCUCACGCAGCGUUACAACAAGACCAAAGUCAACAGUAUUGCCGUCGCCGUCCACGUCGUAAGCUGGAUACUGCAAUUCGUUGGACAUGGCAAGUUUGAAGGGCGCAAACCCGCACUGCUAGACAAUUUGGUCCAGGCCCUGUUCCUGGCGCCCUUGUUCGUGUGGUAUGAAGUGCUGUUCAAGAUGGGCUUCUACAAAGGGUUGAAGAGGGAGGUAGAGCUUGGUGUUGAGGCCGAGAUUGCAAAGUUGAAGGCGAAAAAGGCGGACAAGGGUAAGGGGAUCGCACUCGACGAUUCUGCGGACGCUAUGGAUGAUGUUGUGGACGCUGUCCUUGAUGAGGAAAAAGAGGGUAGUGAUGAAAUUUAGAUGUGUGAUGUGAACCCAUGGUUCUGAGA